GUGUCGAAACCUGUAAGAAAUAGUAUAAUGCAGCGCCAGCGCACGCAGGGCUGAAGAUUAAGCCUAGGCCGAAGAGGCUUGGCAAAACUUCAAUGUAGAACCGUUUUUCAAACACUGCCUGGGUUUUCAUUCCAUCAUGUACGAACUCCUACACGCACAACUAGUAGUAGUAGUAGUAGUAGUAGUAGUAGUGGUUAUGGGAGAAAUAGGUGAUAUGUAGUACAGCACUAAGAUGUUGAAAGGGAUGCGCAGCUGAAUUCGAUGAAAUCCAAGGGAAAAGUGGACAAAUAACUGUGAAGGCUAAAAGAAGACAUAAUUGAAAGAAAGGUGUGUGUGCAUGUGUGUGUGGAGUGAGAGUGAGGGACUAAGUGAGUACGUGAGGAAGUGAGUAAGUGUGUGAUUGAGGGAGUGGGGGAGUGAAACCUAAUCAUGUUGGUGGAACACCUUUGAAACAGGGUGUUCGGUCCAAGUGUGUCGCUCGAGACCGCCUCAAAUUCAAAUAGCGAUAUACAGUCAAGAUCCAGUGAGACCGAGUGAUAACAGAUCAAGGGUGGAGUCAAACAACUUUGGGCUCAUUCAAUGUUUCAAAAUCCUUGGUACUCGAAGCCCCCUCAAGCGAAUGACGGAGGCCCAGCGUGUCUCGCCUCUGAAAGCAACAUGUCUCGAGGCGAGGAGCAAUCUCAAGAGGAGUCCGAACCACAAUCGGGGACUGCCCACCCAAUUCACCCUGCUCAUCAAGCUCGCACGGACCCUAGCCUCAAGCCUGACGUGGAAAGCGAUUCCAGGCUGGGAACGCAGCCAGAGCGCGAGAUCGAUGAACACAGGGAGAACCGCCCCAUUUGGACUUGUCACAAGACCCACGAGGGAAGGUUUUAUUAUUGCAACCAUCACACCCACACCAGUGGCUGGUUACCGCCUAUCGAUAUUUGGGACUCCUCGCAAAGUAAUCUCCCCUACGGCUGGGAAAGUGCUCGGAGCAAGGAUGGACGAACAUAUUAUGUCAACCACCUCAGCAAAACCACCACAUACGAGCCGCCCAAUGUCUGGGAUAAAUAUGAGGCCGAAGAGGCCUCCAAACCUCGCCGAAUCACGUUGGAACGCGAUCCAGAACUCGGGUUUGGAUUUGUCGCUGGAUCAGAAAGACCAGUUAUUGUCAGAUUUGUAACAACAGGGGGUCCAAGCGUGGAUAAGCUCAUGCCUGGUGAUCAAAUUUUGAAUAUCAAUGGGGAAGAUGUGAAACUCGCCCCAAGAGAUCAUGUGAUCCGACUAGUCAGAAAUUCCACAGAGUCCGUCUGUCUCUUAGUUUGUCAACCUCCUCUGGACAACUCUUCGACGCGUAAGUCAGCCUUGUUAUCAGCAACCAAGAAAGCCAAAUUAAGGACCAAACCAUCGCGAGUACGAUUUGCCGAAAGCGUGGACAUUAAUGAUCCAUCGUCCCAAUCUCAGACCCAUCCCAAUGAUUCUGUGCUUCCGUUGAUGCCAAACGUCUUGAAAGUGUUCCUGGAAAAUGGUCAGACCAAAUCAUUCAAGUACGACUCCACGACCACAGUUCAAGAUGUGAUCAAUUCGCUGCAAGCCAAAUUGGGCCUAAAGUCAUCCAAGAGCUUUGGUUUGAUGGUGGAACACAUCAAAAGUCUCAGGCGAAACAAGUUGACCAUCCUGAAUCCCAAGGAGCGAUUGACCAUGAUUGCUUCCCGUCCUGGUUCUCAAAACCUGCGUUGUUUGUUCCGCGUGACUUUCGUGCCUGAAGAUGCGUACGAGCUCCUCCGUGAAGACCCGAUGGCUUUCGAGUAUCUCUAUGUUCAAUGUUGCAAUGACGUUAUGCAAGAACGGUUUGCUCCGGAGCUCAAAUAUGACUUUGCCUUCAAGUUAGCAGCCCUUCAAAUGCAUCAACAUCUUUUAUCAAACAAUGAAAGUCUGACGAAAGUGACAAUCAAGAUGGUCGAACGGGAAUUUGGCUUGGACCGAUUUGUGCCUUCAAGCGUGGGAGACUCCAUGAAGCCCAAAGAACUAAGAAAAGUGUUGGCCCAUUUUCUGAAGCUCAAUCAGAGACUCUCAUCGACGCCCCAGAAAGUUCUUACACCUCUCCAAGCGAAAUUGCACUACCUUAGGAUAAUUAGUGAUCUUCCCAGUUAUGGGGCAAAAUGUUUCUCCAGCAGCAUCAAUGAGUCAAACGUUGAAUCGGCCAUUCUUGUAAGCCCAAGGUUUGGAGUGAGCCAGAUUAACAACAUGGGACACAAUGUGCCCAUUAACCUCUGUGAUAUUGACAAAAUCUCUCGAAUUGAGGCUGUUAAAAACGAAGAAAGGUUUCAAAGAAUAGAAAUUCACACAACAGACAUGGAUAAGAAGCCCACCUCUUUGCUCCUGGAAGAUAAUGACGCUGAGGAGCUCAUUCUGGUCUUGCAAGGAUACUUUAGACUCUUAACAUCGUUGGAAUUGGAGGUAAAGAGGGAACCGUCGCAAUUUGCCCCUCAAGUACCUGCGCCUGCGUAUUGCAGUAAGCACGCUGUGGUCCCCUCUGGUUGGAACUAUGCUGGAUCUCCUGAGAGAACUAAUGCUCUUGAAUCGAAGAACUAUCCCGUGGUUGACCUAGGAGAGCAUCCUCCUUACAGGCAUCCUUCCGAGGGACAUGAAGUCCCACUACCUGAGAAUCCAAAUGAACAAGAUCGCCACUUGAACUCUGAAUCAGAGGACAGUGACAGUCGGCAGAACGUUAAUUUGGAUAGCCCCAGAAGCAGCAUUUCACACAGGAGUUUAUCAAAAACCGUCAAUCAUCAUUCACCAGUUCCGGAAAGAAUCAGGUCUAAUCGUGAUACUGGCCAGCUAAUUAGGUCAACACAUCAUAAUGAAGCUCUUAAUGAAGCAGUCAUUCGAAAUAGAACGAGCAAUGGAUUGGGGCCAAAACCUCAUUCUAUACAAGGCGUUCGAUCAUCCGGAGAAACGCUGGAAAGUGGCGCAAGUUCCAAUAGUUCCAAUGGCUCUGGAACAGAUUCGGAGAGCGUCAUCACUUUCAAGUCUGAAAUGUCUGCAACGGCGGAUAGCUUUGGCAAACUAAAGCAUAGUGAUUCAUUGCUAUUGCUCUCCAAGGUUGCCGAGGAUUCCGAUGACUACACCCAAGGACUCACACAAGCAGUUAACGAGUCGUUGUCCUUUGAUAAGAGCGCACACGUAAAAAACUUUCCAGAGCUCGGUGGUCCAUAUUCGGAGUCCCCACCCAAGGGCAGGGUCAACCCCGUUGUGAUAACGAAGCGUCUGAAACCGAGUGAUUCCAGUUUUGGACUUCAUGCCGAUGAUGAAAUGAAUAGCGCUUCGGUUCAGGACACCAAUAUGGAUUCAAAAUUGAAGGAGGAUGCUCGAGGUCGCUCCAAUGCAAGAGCAAAAGCAGAUCAAGAUCUCAUUGACCUGACUAUGAUUCCUCCUCCAAUGACUCCGGAUGAGGACGGACCUUUUCAAAGUACUACCUCAACAUCAAAUGCAUUUAGUACCCCACCCACGCCAUUUGCUGAUCGACAAUCUUUAGAUGCCGAACUCCGUGCGCUAGAAAUUGAUUUGGGGCGAAUCUCAUCCAUCAAAGACUUUGGAAGUGAUCACGAGUCCACUUGGAACUCAGCAACACUAUCAACUGCCAAUGCCAUCAUGGAUCAUGUUUAUCACAUGGACGAGUCUCGAACCUCGGGGAUAGCAGCCCUCUAUCAAAUGCGGGACAUCGAUUCGUUUAUUGAAAACAUGGCAGUGCCGCCACCACCACCUCAAAACAAUAAUGAAGGCUCUUUGAGAGAUCACUCUGAUUUGUCGGCAUUUAUCAUUCCUCCCCCUCCAACGGGUCUGCCUCAAAGGCCUCCCAAAAAUGUCCGCAUCCCAACAUCUUUUUUGUCGCCAUCGUCAUCGUCGUCGUUGAUGGCGUCCUCAGAACGAGAAAAAAAUGCAUCCUUUCAAACAUCCAGUGGAUCAACUGAGCACAAAUUUGUUAAGAACUCGCUUACGAAAGUCAACAUGGACAGAGAAGUGGACGAGGUCAACGUGAAUCAAAAUGUCAAACAAAUUUCGACUUCUACCUCAGCGGUGAUUGUCAAUGACCGUGGGGAAAAGAUAUCUCCUCGAAUUGCGUCGCUUCAGCAGAAACUGUUAAGCCCCUCUAAUGAUGGGCCUGGAUCACAAUUGUCUGCUCAGUCUAGCUCCCUGCCAAUCCAAGUGGGCAAAACGUUCAUGCCCGCUUCACCAGGGUCUUCCGGUUUUUCAGCCACACCUCCCCCUCCUCCGCCGCCCCCUCGCUCAUCAACCCUUGCAAGGAGUCGAGUCCCUCAAAACCUCACCCAUUCUUCGAUCCAGUCCGGUCUGAAACCCCAGCUUUCUCUGCCGUUGGUAACCAAUAAUCUUGAGCCUGAAGUAUCCUCUAACCCAUCACAAGUAGACGAGAUUCCUCCCUCGCUUCCUCCAAGAAUGUCCCCUUUGAAAUCAUGGGAUGUAAAACCGACCCAAGAGCCUCCCCUCCACCCAACUCCAACUUAUAUUGUACCUGGCACUUUCCAUACUACGAUUCAGUCAAGUAUAAAACCAGCUGUACCAGCAAGGAGUAGUAAACCAGUGACCAAACUUGUCCGGAGCCUGCCAGAUAUUCCAGUCGAAAACGGGGACACUGUCCAGAGAUUGGGUGAAACUGGAACAGAAGAGGGUAAACCGAAACUGCCGGCCAAAACUAUACCCUCGUCUGAGCGGGUCAUGGUGAACGUCAGUGGUCGAAAGUUGCCCAUCACCCCGCCCAAACCCAAGCUCGCCAACAUAGAUCUUCAGCGAGAUCUCAAAUCCAGUCCUGGUCGUACCUUUCCGGCGUCAAUUUCAGUGGAUCCCGUCGAACUCUACUCAAAUAGCGAGUUUGAUCCCGAUGACGGGAGCUCCCUCGAGGGAACCAGCGUAGAUGACGAAACGUUUCCAUCCAACUUGAAUUCAAGCCACCGCAAUCCCGCCAUCGUUUUCCAACGAGCGGAAUCAGACAUCAAGAAAGUGGUCUCACACUUGUCGAAAUCAUGCGAGCUGAUCAAGACAAGGCACAAUUGUCCGACGACACAGAAAAACGAGACUUCGGCUGAGCAAUCGUAUCACCAUAUUUGCGAACAACUCACAGACGAAUGUCGACAAUUUGUAACCGCCUCUAAAUUGUUUGUGAAAAGCGCAACUGAAAGCGAAAAUCAGUUGCUCCAAUGUCUCGAGCAUUGCGUGAAAAUGAUUCAACGAAUCGGCACAAUAUGUCGCGCGAUUGCAGAGUGCGAGAAGAAAUCCGACCAAACUGAGGGCCUGAUCUCCAAAGUCAAAGAUAUGGCGGAAACGUAUCUUCAAACGGUCCAAGCUGCUUCUCUAGCCUUGGGACAAGGUGUCAACGAUCCAUCGAUGAAUGUUCUCAUGAAAAAGGCCACCUCUUUGGCUAGUGUCUUGACGAUUUUGAUGCGCUCUUUGAGGGUCUUCUCUGCUUAAUUACAGACCUAUCUCCAUCGUACAACCAAUUCAAUCGUGACCUAAAAAAGAAACAAUGCAUUUUAUUCGGAGCACAACCAGAAAUAAAGUUCCUACAUUUUA